AUGGUGUCUAAAAUUGUUUUGGACAAAUUGAUUGAUUAUCGAUCGACACCUGGAAGAAUUGGCUUGAGUUUUGUUGAAAGGAAAAGGUUGAAAAUCGAAUUGGAUUUGCUGAGUAAAUCGAAACGUGAGUUAAAUGGCCGGAAUUUAGAGAAAAUUGAAUUGAACGGGCUUUUUGACAAAAUUUGUAAAAUCGGGGUCAAGUCGGUUGAAGUUGGUGAUACUGUCUAUUUGGAGAAGUAUCGCCAGGAUAAGUGUUUUUGGGAGAAAGCUGUGGUGCUAAAGUCGUUGGGACCCAAAAGUUGUCGAGUCAGACAAAAUGGAAAAAUCAGGAAAGUUAAUUUUGAUGAUUUGUUCCGAGAUCGAAAGAUCAAGGUUUUUGUUAAUUUAGCAGUUGAUAAAUUCUUUGUUUCAGUUAAAAGUCGCCAACCAAUUCACACUUCUCAAUUUCAUGUAACUCAACCUAACAUCCGUCCACCUUCAAUUACUAAUAUUUCAACAUUGUCAAACCAUCGCAAGCCGUCAUUGUCGUCGUUUAUCUCUUUUAUUUAUUCUUUUUUACUACAUUCCAACAGAACUUGA